UAUUUAUUUUAUCCGGCAGUAUUCAGACAAGCCCCGCCUCCCACGGCAGGAUUGGCUAGUGUGAGCUCCUCACCGCCACCGCCGGUCUGUGAUUGGACAGUUUAGAAGUCAAUCACAUAGCACAUAACUCCAUCACAGGCUCUGAUCCAUCAGACAGCGAGCAGGUCGAGGGCGGGACUUGUCGGAAAACUGGUGUGAAGGAAAAAAAUAACUCGUGCCGGACCCUUGAUUACUCAUUCCGUCCAGGUACAGCGGAAGUCAACCGACCUGCGGUGCUCCGCUCCCGCUACUCUUGUUUGCGUGCGCCAGAUUCAUUUCGGGCAGCCCUAUCGUGCCUCUUGCAGCAGCCGCGUCUGUGCCUCAUAGGGAAUUAGAGAGUUGUGGGGAUGCGUAUUAAAUGAGCGCUCUUGUGUUUCAGUGCAGUCGCGCGGGGAAAUGAUGCAUUGAGGACGGGCUGCUCUGCGGGCGUUUUAUCUUCCGAGCUCCGUUACACCCACCGCGAACGGCGAAGCACCUCAAUGGCUACUCUUUUGCGAAAAAUCGGGCUCAUUCGCCUGCACGACCGAGACACGGAGGACCCGAAGCAUCACCACCAGGGCUCAUUGAAAGGGACUAAAGGCAACCAGAAAAACAACAACACGAAGCACUGCAACACCAGCAACGAGACCAACAACAUCCUCAGCACGCCCGAAAUCAAAGCCAGGCGCUUCGACGUGUCCGGCAAGGACAAGCCAGCCGUCAAACCGGACAAACCGAGCAAGGACACGAAUGAGAAGCAGCAAACGGGAGGCGGCAAAGCGACGAGCGGCUCCGUGAUGCCCCCGCCGGCGGCGAACCGGCAGCACUGCACCCAGGUGCGGACGCGGAGGCUGAUGAAGGAGCUGCAGGAGAUCCGGCGGCUCGGCGACAGCUUCAUCACGGUGGAGCUGGCGAACGAUAGCCUCUUUGACUGGAAUGUCAAGCUGCACCAGGUGGACAAGGACUCCGCGCUGUGGCAGGACAUGAAGGAGACCAACACCGAGUACAUACUGCUGAAUGUCACCUUCCCCGACAAUUUCCCCUUCUCCCCGCCGUUCAUGCGCGUCCUGACGCCGCGGCUGGAGAACGGAUACGUGCUGGACGGCGGCGCGAUCUGCAUGGAGUUACUAACGCCCCGCGGCUGGUCGAGCGCGUACACCGUCGAGGCCGUGAUGAGGCAGUUCGCUGCCAGUCUGGUGAAAGGACAGGGUCGUAUCUGCAGGAAAGCAGGCAAGUCUAAGAAGACCUUUAGUCGCAAGGAAGCCGAGGCGACCUUCAAGAGCCUUGUCAAGACCCACGAGAAGUACGGCUGGGUGUCCCCUCCCGUGUCCGACGGCUGAUGUCAGCAUCUUCAACCGCGAUCCCGACAUGGCUUUUUCAUCAUCAAACUUAACUACGAAAAAAACAAGCUAGCGCAUCAUAUCUUACACAUAAACGUGGCACAUUCACCUUCACUCCGUCCUUCACUCUUCUUCAUAGAGGUGCCAUGGACCGAACACUCGCUGCGACAUCACAAUUACUCAUAAGUGGGCGUCACUGCAGCUACAUACAGCUAUGGACUCUGGAUACGAUUGAGGCUCCAAGCAAAGUUAAAUGUGCACCAUCUCCACUCUAUAUCCUUGUCUAUCUGUCUGUGUUGCCUCAGUUUUUUUCCUCCAUCCAUCCCUCUUUCCUUUUAUAGCUGACAAUGCAUUGCACUGAACAGCAUCAGACUUGCCCCCAUUGACAUGCAAAUGACUUAAUAGAUAAGCAGAUCAUUACACUACAUUUGAGGUUCAGGUUCUCUGGUUUCCUCCUCAUUGGCUGUGCUGUUUUUCACGGUUGGAUGCAACAUGAUGAUUGUAAUUUAUGUAGAGCUGUGCUCUUUCUAUUCCUCCGUUCGCGUGGCAAAAUGUAGACAUCACUGUGUUGCGUAGAUGGUCAUUGAUUUCCAAUGGAGAAAAAAUACUCUAGGGCUUUGUUCAGACAGGCAGCGAAUAUCUGAUUCUUUUUUGGCAACAUCCGACUCGAAUUCAAUUGUUUCUUGAAGUCUGAACAGACAAAAAAAACACAUUGUGUUCAUGUCCAUAUGUGGUUUGGAAUCCAAAAUUUUAAGAUCUGAAUCAAUCGUUUUAGCUAAUUUUUCCUCAACUGUUUGAUUCUCACUGUGUCGGAUAGUGAACAAGUGCACGAGUCAGCAGUUGUGGACACAGUAUAUGCAUGAAUGCAUAAAGAUGCCUCUUGUGAGUCCAGCACCGCCACGAGAUGCCAUGACAGACAGUGAGCAGAGGCAAAAUUCCCAGUUUUCCGUCCUCUCUUCCCACACUGACAGCUAUAUGAGAAAGUCUGGCAUCGGAUAUCGACUACACAGUCUGAACAAACACACCACUUACAAAACGGAUUGAUAUGCAGUGUGAACAAAGCCUUCAUUGCUUAUGCAGAGGUAAAAGAU